UCUCGUCAUGGCUUCUAAGAUGAUUACACCCCUCUGCCUUGCCUUAUCUCUCCUUCUCGUCCAAGGAGCUUUAGGUGAGAUCGUCUGUGAACAUUUGCCGAACAAUUUGUGCGCAUUCUCGAUAGCUUCGUCUGGGAAGAGGUGCGUAUUGGAGAAUUACAAGACAAACGAGGGGAAAAUUGAAUUCCAAUGCAGGACGUCGGAUGUGGUAGUGGAGAGGAUGAAUGAUUUGAUUGAGACCGACGAAUGCGUCAGGGAUUGUGGUGUCGAUAGGAACUCCGUUGGCUUUUCUUCCGAUGCUUUGCUUGAGCCGCACUUCGCCUCCAAGCUCUGCUCCCCUUCGUGUUUCAACAGAUGCCCCAACAUUGUUGACCUCCAUUUCAACCUCGCUCAAGGAGAAGGGGUGUUCUUGCCGGAUCUAUGCGAGGGCCAACGUACCAACCCUCACCGUGCGAUGACGGAGCUCCUCAGCUCUGGUGUGGCACUUGGUCCCGUCUCCGGUGAAGCAUCAGCACCGUUAUUUUCCACUGCUCCGGCCCCAUCUUCCUUCUGAUCAAAUCAAAGUUUUGCGGUUGUU